AUGACCAUAAGUUAUAUUGUUCUGUCUGCAGGCCAGCUCUCACCAGCUGGGCUGGCUUUCUUCAUAAUUGACGAUUUACGUUCACCUUUCUUUCUCUCAGCCCCGGUUAAUAAUCUUUUGGAACAAGGUGGUCGAAACCCAAAGGCCGUUAGGAUUGCUGAUUUGGCACAGCGUACUACUCUGGAUGUUAUCGGCCUUGUUGGAAUGGGCUAUGAUUUCAACUCAAUCCUGAACCCGACAAGCAGGCUUAUUAUUGAAUGUGUUCAAUACGUCCGUAACUUCUGCGAACGCCUUCUCCAGGAUAAGCGGCAGAUGAUAGAGAAGAAAGAGGGAGAACACAUAAUAGAUAUAUUUUCUGUUGCGAUGGAAAGUGGGGAAUUUACCAACCGGGAACUUGUUGACCAAAUCGUGACUUUUCUUUCUGCUGGGCACGAGACAACAGCCUCUGCUUUUCAACUUGUUGUUUAUGUCCUCUGCAAGCACCCUGAGAUCCCAAACCCGGCUUCGAGAAGAAGUUCGGUCCUCCCUGCUAUCCAUCUCACUCGAGCUCCCCACCGCCGCCUAUCUCCGCCUCCCUCAUUGACUCUCUCCCUUACCUACAUGCGUCCGAAACACAGUGCUAUUUUUGACACGCUCAUUCCAAAGGGAACCGGUAUUGGUAUUUCGCCCUCAGUCACGAACCACGACCCCGAGCCAUGGGGACCGGAUGCGGGAAUAUUCAAUCCGGAGCGCUGGAUGGGUCCUGGCAAUGCAAAUCCAGGCGGCGCAACUAACAACUAUGCAUUUCUAACAUUUUUUCCAUGGUCCGCGAAGCCGUAUUGGAGCAUCGUUGGCACAAGCGGAGUUGGCCUGCUUGGUGGCGGCCAUGGUUGGGGAGAUUUGAAAUGGGGCUUUUGGAUCCGGGGAAAGAGCUCAAGUUGA